GGAGUCGUGAGAGGAGCUGACACGGUCUUUUCUGCACACGGAGCCAUCUCUCACCCACCACAAUGCCCACCGUGGGGAAGGUCACCCAGGAUCCCACUGGUAAAAUCUAUCAGCAGAUCUUCGAGGCUGAGGUGCAGCUUGUCCACUCUUUGGCGAUCAGCAGGAGGCAGGCUGUGGAGCGUUCCUUGACUGGCAAGGGAGUCAAGAAACCUUUGAUGGAGAAGAUGGAUGUUCCCCCAGGGAAGAUAAUGACUCCUAGACAGCAGAGGUGGACUCAUAGCCUACCUAAUGAUGGGAUCACAGAAAACCCUGUUUUCUACAGGGAACAGAAAAUAGCAGAGAAGAAAAAAGCUCAAGAAAGUGAGAACACCAUUGCUGCCCGAGAAGUGCGUGGCCUCCCAGACACCGUAGUACCUGAGAGAGAAGGCAAAGUCUUUCAAGUAGACCACAAGAAGAAGAACUAUGAAAAUGCUCUGAGCAACUUUAAGAAGGAGAUCAUGCAGAUUGGCAUGGAAAUGGAACCUCUCAUCUUAGAGCAAGGAACACAGUUUUUACAAAAAUUGACCAAGUGUGAUGCUGACAUUGACGAGCUCUUCAAAAAAGUUGAAGAUGAUAAGGACCUCAGAAACUACUCCAUCCAACCCCUGUUGGAGCUGUGGGAUCAUGUGGCCCAGAAGUUUGCACUCCGGAGGCUGGAUAUUAAGGAUCUGGAUGAUGCAUUGCAUUUGCUUGAGUUCUCCCGGACAGAUAAACUAAACGACAUAAUGAAAAAGUAUCUAGGAAUCAUAGAGAAAACAUCCUACCUCAUGAAGCAAGAUGUUUACAGUCUUAUCAAUAAAGAAGCCAUGGUCAUAAACCAAGCCCUGCUGGGCAACCGAAGGGCCAUUGCGCAGCUGGUGGCCAACCUGAUGGAGGCCACGCUGCAGCAAGAGAUGGUGAACCGCUACCGCUGGCAGGCCCUGCUGGACACCUGGAAGAAUCUUAAGAAGGAAGUACUGGUGCAGGACUUUGGUGAGUUCAUAGCCAGUGAGAAGAUUCAGGACCCUCCAGGCGUGAGAAAGGAGAUAGAGACCAUGAUAAAAAACCAGAAACUCCUGCAGACAAAGCGGCUGAAGCACCUCUACAGCAUCUGUGACCUCCUGCCCCCUAAUUACAGCCAAGUCCAGUUAAGCCAAUGGCAAUCUUCUCUCAGCACUCUGAACAAGGACCUUGAUGCCUACCACAUGGAGUGCAUGACACAGAUCCACCUCCAGUAUGAGAAGACCUGGCAGGAGUGCCUAGCCUACGUAUCCAAAUGCAAGAAGCAGCUUAUGGAGUGGAGCUCCUUUACGGAAGAGGAAGCCGAGGCCCUGGUAAACCCCAGCUUUUAUCAGUCCGUGGGUAUACUCCAAAGCAGAGUGGAGGAGGAGCUGGAGUCCUUAGACAAAUCCUUUGAGGCCCUAGCCAAGCAGACGGAGAAGCAGAGCAUAAGCCUCUUCAGUUACUUCCAAGAGGCCAUCCAGCUGUGGGAGGCUCAUCAGAAUGUGCUCUCAGUGCGGGAGCUGGAGCUUGAGAAGAGGAUGGAACAGCUGCGGCAAAAGCAAAGUCUGGAAGAUCAGUUCCAAGAGGCCCACCUGGAUAAAAUCUUGGACAAACUGAGGCAGCAAAACCAUGAGGAAACGUUGAAGUUUCACCUGGAAAAGGCCCAGAAUUUCCUGAAGGACAUGAAGCUACGGUAUAAGACUUUUCACGUGCUCCUGAAAAAUGAAGUUAUCCAGUAUCCCAGCAUCAUCCUGAAAGAGCUCAACACCUACAGUAGCUCCCUCAGCAAAUACUUCUAUGUGCGCGAGAUCUUUGAGCAGAACUUGAAUGGGGAAGUCCAUUUGAGGUUCAGGGAGCCAGAAGCACAUGAAAUUUACCUCCUGGAGAAAAUGAGAAAACGGAAGAAAAAACAAUUAUCUGUAGAAGAAGGGAACAAACCAGAGGGAAGUGAAAGAGAAGAGACAAGUCACCUGAUUUUUACAGAAGAUAUAGGAGGAGAACACAGUGAAGGAUUGGAAUCUCCUGCCGCAGAAGAGAUGAUAUCAAGCCUGCAAGAAGAGAAGAGCCAAGAGAAGGAGAAGGAAAAAGAGGAACAGGAGGCAACAGAGAAACAAGAGGCAGAUGAAGAGAAGGGAGAAGAGGAGGAGGAGGAGGUUCAGGAAGAAGCUGAGUGUAUGGAUAAGGCAGAGUCCCUAGAAGAUAAUCAGGUGGAAAUCUCCCAGGAGGACAUGGAGUUCUUCACAACCUCAAGUGGAAACACUUACUUUGUCUUCUUUUUUAUGGAUCAAGAUGAAGCUUCCAGCUUAUCUCAAUUGAGCAAGAAUGCCUCCAAUGUUAAGUUGCUAGAAGAAGUGUUCAUACCAUGCACAGUAAUUUCAGAAAUUAAGAAACAACUGAGAGUUGGUUUCUUUGAACAUCUGGAAAAAUGGUUUGACCAACAUUCCCUCAACAUCCGGAUCACCGUGGCCACUAAGACUGAUGUGCUGGACUCAGAAUUGGAGCUGCAUCUGCACCUGCACCAACCAAGAGCACAGUACAUCGAAAAGGAUGUCUACAAUGUCAGGGCAGCUGAGCUCUUGCUUCAUCAAGAGCGGCUGAACCAACACUGUGCUGGGGUGAUGGAGACCUUGAAGAAGGAGCAGAUUUUAUUUGAUCAGUUCCAAGAAGAACAAAACAUCAAGAGCAAACACUUCCACAGCAGGAUUUACAAUAUGGAACUCAUCUUUCAGAAUGCUACCAAGAGUCAGAGGCUGCUCACACUCAGCAGUACAUUGCAACAGGAGCUUCUGGGCUACGUUGAUGUCAUUCAGAUGUCGCUGCAGAGCUUCCGCCAGUGCCUAGAAGAGAGCUUGGGCAAGCUUCGAUACAGCAACAUUGAGUUCAUCAAGCAGUGCAGAUUGUUUUCAGAGGGUGGCAACUUUUCUAUUGAAGAAAUAGAGAACCUGUGUCACCAGCUAGAGAAGGAAGCUAGUCGGAUAGAGACUGUUGAAAAUAUGAUCAUGGUCAAUAUGGAAAAGAUGGAGAAUGAUUACUUGGACCAGGUCAAUGAUAUCAUCAACAAGUUUGAAAGUAAAUUCCAGAGCCUAUAUGUUGACCUUUUCUUCAUAGAGAAGAUACAGAGAUUGAUGACAAACCUACAAGUGAACAUUAAGUGUGAGGUGGCAAAAUCUAAUAUGCAAACGGAUGGACUAAAUUCUUCCCUGGAACAGCUUCAGAGAAAGGUAGAAAUGUGUCGAAGCUCAUUGGCAAAUAAAGUAAGUAUAGUAACCACAGAGGACCUCCUUGAUUUUGUUAGAACCUGGAAAGAAAAACUGAACCAGAGGAUUAAGUACCUCAACUGCUUGCUGGUCACCACACAAGUGGUCUUCAAUAACCAUGCUAUAAAGGACUCUGAUGUGGAAAGUGAUGGGCCGGUGAUCUCUGAUAUCCCUGAAGAUGAGACCAACAUGGACCAAUUAAUCUCUGAGUCCUUCAUCCAGCCGAGUCGCAUUGGGAAGUCCAUGAUAGAUGACCCAGCUCUGGACUUGGUCAAGAAGAUCCUUCAACCGCUGUCAAAAGGCUCAUCCCAUCACUGUGAGAGUGACCGAUUCCAGACAGCCUUGAAGUGCCAACGGUCUCGAACAGACCACUUGAUGAAAAAGACCAUGUCCACAGUCAGUGCCAGCUCCGUGGGCAGGCUGCAGAGUAUGGGGGGAGACCCCACUCCAUCCCACAGCUUCAUCCCAAACAUCAAGACCAGCCGAUAUGAAAAGAAGAUCCAGGUGAUUGGUGACAAGCCACCUCCCCCUGCUGAGGAUUUUAAAGGGAUCAUCCUGAUCCUCCUCUGGGAGAGUCACAAGCAUAUGUUGGCUGUCAUGGAGGAUUUUUACCACAAGGAGAAGCACUUGGUCACCAGAACUGACUGCGUGCAGGAAACCUUCGAGCAGUGUUCAGAGAAUGUGAUCAGAAAAAUCGUAGAGUACCAUACCGACACGAAUGACUACCACAACUCCUGCCUCAUUGAAUUACGAGCCCAGAUGAGGAAAUUUGAGGAACUUGUACCUCAAGUUUGUUGGCUAGUGAUGGAGAAUUUCAAAGAGAAUCACUGGAAGAAGUUUUGUGCCGGCACUGAGGAGAUCUGGAACCAGUUUAUGGACAAGCAGAAGCAGCUAGAGAAAAUGAAGGAUAAAAAUGCCCAGAUGCUCCAUCCAAAUCUUGGGCACCCUGCAAACCAUAAAAAAAUGGAGUCUUUAUGUCAAAUGGAAGAGAAAAGGCAGGAAGAUUUGGAAAAGGAGAUCGCGGAAAACAUGGAAAAGCUGGAGGAGUUCACCAAGAUGUCUAGCAAGCUUUUCAUAAGCAACCUGGCCAGCUUCACAGAGAAAUUCCUGAUGCUUUUGGAUGAAGUUGUCACCAUUGAUGACAUCCAGGUUUCAAAAAUGUCUCCUCCCAAACAGAAGAUGUCACUCCUCAUCCGGAAAAAGCUUGCGGGGCUCCCCAUGGAGGAAGAGAGCGAGAAGCCCAUGAUUGAGCGGGGCAUGGGGAAGUGGCCUGGACUGAAACCAACCCCAUUCACCAUCCAAACCAAGAUCCUUCUGCUGAAAACUCCAUCUGUCACCACCAUCAAAACCACUCUGGGCCACUUGGCAGCUGUAGAGGCCCGUGAUGCUGUCUAUCUGAAAUAUCUAACAUUGUUUGAGGAGCAACUAAAGACGAUCCAAGAUAAAAAUGCUUUACUGAAAAAGAGAGCUCAGUGCUGGAAGGAGAGCUGGCAGCGCUCAGUGAAAAGUCUCCAGAGCCUGUAUUUAUGA